AUGGCGUCGGUUUUACGCUGGGAUCGUAUCGGUCUGAUGUUGCUGUUGAUGAACGCUUGUCUUCUUAACGGGGCACUGUCCCUGGAUGUGCGAGGGAAACCUGCCAGCCAGAGCUCAGACGCCACCGGUAGUGUCAAGGCUGAGAAAGCUGUGGAUGGAGACAUUACCACAAUUUCGCACACGGAUAUUCGUUUAGAUGGUGCUGAAGUACGUGCUGGAUUGAGUGAAGUUUGUUCAGAGAACAGACGUUUAGGAACAAUUGAAUACGGUACAACCGACGGAGGGGCGCGUGUUACUACUGUAAUAGCAGACCCUGUGGUCACUGCUCGCUAUGUGAGGGUGGAUAUCAUCGGUACCGAUGAAAUCCUUCAACUCGGUGAAGUCAUGGUUGAAGAAUUCGUGGAUGAAGAAGCUCUCACCUCAACUGUUGAUUUUACUCUCGUCGCUAAUCCUGCUGUCAUUCACCUGACUGCAACGAGCGAUGUCGUCCUGACAGCAUACAAAGGUCCCAAUGACAUACCUGCUGGUGUCACAUUUGGCCGUCAGUUGGCAACAGGUGGAAUGGAUGGACUUCCUCCCGGUUCAGCAGAAGAAGAUGAGCCAUCAUUACAAUGCACUGCGAGAUCGCUUCGACUACCUGCUGAGGAUGGGGGUGACAGAGUCGGCGUCUUCUACCUUGAGGCAUCUAGAAAUGGCAUUAUGACGAGGAUCCAAACCGUUCUUGUGCCCAAAGGUAAUGGAAACGUACAGAUACGGGCAGUCGAGAGAACUCAGAUAGCAAAUGUUGGAGACUCGAUUCAACUUGAGAUGCGAGAUGUGAAAGCACCAAACAUCAACUACAGAUGGCGACAAAAUGGGAGUGACGUCAUCACAUCUUGGAAUGACCAGCUCAGUGUGUCUAUUGAUGAUGUUGCUGUGAGUGAUGGAGGAGUCUACAGCUGCUUCGUAUCUGGCCAGGAGGAUCAACAACUGCAUGGCAUCAUGAGGCUCAUUGUACGAGGUUGUUCCUUGGGAAAGUGGGGGUCUUCCUGUCUCAAUGUCUGUCGUCGAUGCUACAACGGAGGCGUUUGUGAUGCCAAGACUGGAUCCUGUGUCUGUGCUCCGGGCUUCAGUGGAGAACAAUGUGAACAAGCACGCGGCCGCAAUGUCUUCGGUAAAAAUGGUGUUUAUAGCUGCUCUGAUAGCGGUGAUGAUCACGCCGACGCUUGCCAGGGUCGUUUGUUUUGUCUUCCUGAUCCUUACGGAUGCUCGUGUGCUGCAGGGUUCACCGGACUAGACUGCACGCAAGAGUGUCCUGGAGGGAAGUAUGGAGCUGACUGUAAGCAGACAUGUCACUGUGCUUCCGGGGACACCUGCAGUAAGGAUACAGGAGAAUGCAGCAAUGAUGCCUGUAACCCGACAUACUACGGGAUCAACUGUCAGUGUUCAAGUAAGAUAAAUGUGACUAAGCACCCUGUUCAUGAUAGGCGACCACAGCAAAGUUCGGAUCUUGGGACAAUAUUUCCUUUGGAUUCCAUUUCAGAUACGGCGCCUUUCGCAGGAGAAGUGAAAUCAGUAUCCAUCAUGCAACGCAGCCUUACUUUCUCCUGGAGUGAGCCGAAAUGUGGAGGCCAGACGGAUCCAUCUGUCACCAGUUACCGACACAAGCUAACCGGACAGCAACCACCGCUUAAAUCCGAUACCACUGAAACAUUUGUUUCAUUGGAUGGGCUGAUACCGUAUAUUGAAUAUAGUUUCCAAGUUGCAGUUAUCACUAGUGAUGGGACGGCCGGGACGUACAGUAACAGUGUGGUUGUUAGGACAACAGAAGCAGAGCCUACAGUUCCUCGGAAUGUCCACAUCAAGAAUGUCAGUGAAGAUUCCAUCACGGCUAGCUGGAUGAAACCUGAUCCCCCGCAAGGGAUUAUUACAUCCUAUGACGUUGCCUUGACAUCACAAGAUGACACACGUAAGGUGACAGAUGAGGGCAUCACUGUCGUAUACAGAAUCGAUGGCCUUCAAUUGAGCCAAACUUACAACGUACAGGUGAGAGCGAAGACAGUAAUCGGGCCGGGUCCUUGGAGCGAAGUCAUAAGCGUGACAGUUGUUGGAGAGCCGGGACCAUUACAGAACCUUAGCUGGACAAACCGAACUGAAGAGGCGGUUACAUUGGAUUGGGAUCCUCCGUUAAACCCUGAAGGAGAAAUAAGUGGUUAUGUUGUACAACACAGGGCAAUAGAAAGACCUUAUCAACCAGAUUUCACUCCGACGGACACUUUCAUGGAAAAUGAGACGGCCAGCGCUCCAUUUGUACAGGACAAUCUCAAUCCAAGUACACAAUACGAAUUCAAGGUUUCAGCUAGAAACCUGUGGAAUGUGGGCGAGUCACAACUCGUGCAAGUUUACACUAAACCACCGAAAGACAUACUAGCCCCACCUCAACCGACGGUAUUCGAAGGCGAGACGACCGACACUACCGUAACAAUUGGUCUAACAGCCCUGAUCUCUGGUGGAAAGUACAUAGAAUCAUACAUCGUACAAGUGAAAAAGGUCAAGCCCACUGAUGUGGCUCGAAGGGAAGCUUCGAUCUCUCAACACUUCAGCGAUUCCGCAGAUAACUACAUAGCUGCUGAAUUCAACAAAAACAAAGUUCCAAACAAAUUUGUCGUCGGAGACUCCAAGAUUUAUGGAGACUAUACCAAUGCACCACUGCAGACAAACAGUGUCUAUGAAAUUCGGGUUGGUUCCGUCAGCAAGGGAAACGAAACGGAAGCAACGGUGAAGUUUUCGCAAGCCUUGACCGUGAAAGUAUCACGGCCGAACGAUUCCACAGGACUUGCUGUAGGAAUGGUGUUUUUGGUAUUGGCACUGGUGAUAAUUAUUAUAGCCGCCAUCUUUGUUUACAAAAGGAGAUCCACUCAAGCUAAAGACAUAUCUGAGGGUAGGGGAUCAUUGAUGCUGUCACUGGACCAACUACCAGAACAGAAAAAUGAUGACAGGGCAGUAACUCAACCUAACGCAUACAAUGAGUGUGAUGAAGUGUGGGGUCAAUCUACACCUGCGGAACCAACUACACCUGUGGAACCAAUUACACCUGCGGAACCAACUACACCUGUGCCCGAGCCGAGGCAGAAGUCUUUCAAGAAUCUAGUACCCGUUCGCAUUGAUAAGCUAGCUGACUACAUAAAAACGAAGGAACUUGCAGGGGAAAGGGGAUUUGAGGCAGACUACAAGACCCUUUCAGACGGUCCGUUACACCCGUGGACAGUGGCAAAGAAGCCAGAAAACAGGCAGAAGAACCGAUUUGCCAACGUCAUCGCCUAUGAUCAUUCUCGCAUUGUCUUGACGCGUUUAGAGGAGGACCCUCAUUCGGACUACAUUAAUGCCUGCUACAUAGAUGGAUACAAAGAGACGGACAAGUACAUCGCCAGCCAAGGACCCAACAAUGCGUCUCUCAAUGACAUGUGGCGGAUGGUGUGGCAGAUGAACGUGGACAAGAUUGUCAUGCUGACGAAUCCGGUGGAAAAUGGAAAGGCAAAGUGUCUGCAGUAUUGGCCAACUACGGGAACUUCGGCGUAUUCUGGUAUAACUGUGGCGAUUGCGGACGAACGAGUAUUUCUGGACCACACAAUUCGGAUUUUCAAGAUCAUGCCGAUCGACAAUGAAGAUGACUGUCGUUUGGUGAAGCAGUUUCACUACAACACCUGGCCAGACAUGAAACCACCUGAAUAUCCGGCACCGUUGCUCAACUUCAUGCGAGUGGUGAACGCUGAACACAACGAAGGACGAACUAUUAUACACUGCAGUGCGGGCGUUGGUCGCACAGGGACGUACAUCUGCCUUGAGUCAAUGCUUGAACAGAUGAAACAGGAGGGACAAGUCAAUGUUCUUGCCUUCAUCCAUCGCAUGAGACAAAAACGGAUCAAGAUGGUACAGACUCCGGAGCAAUACAAAUUCAUCUUCGACGCUCUCCUUGCGGCCUCUAUGACUGGCGAGACUACCUACGAUAUGACAAACUUCCGUCGACAGCUGACUACUCUGAAGAAGACCGAAACUGGUUCCAAGAAAACAGGCAUAGAGAAACAGUACAAGACGUUGGGUGAAGUGCAACUGAGUCGUCGCAAUAACCGCAGCAGAUCAGCACAGCUACCAGAGAAUGCAUCCAAGAACAGAUAUCCAGAUUUUAUUCCAACCGAUCGAUCCAGACCAUUCUUGAUGACCGACGUACACGAAGAUGAUACCAACUACAUCAACGCAAGCUUCCUCCCGGGCUAUCGCAAGAAGGACAGGUACAUCGCGACCCAGAUGCCGAUGCCCAACACAUCUGCUGACAUUUGGCGUCUGGUGUACGACCAGAAAGCGACUUGUAUCGUCAUGCUGAACCCUUUGGAUGAGAACGACAAAACAAUGAGUCGUUACUGGCCAGAAGAGGGACCAAUCGAAUUUGGCUCGCUGCUAGUGAAGCUGUUACAGACUACACAGUACAAGGGUGUUACUGGGCGCACGUUUUCUCUACGCAACAACAAAGCCAAAUCUGAGCCCAUACGAACUGUCUGCCAGUUCCAAGUCCAAGACUGGCCGUCGGAUCAGCCGGUGCCCAGAUCUCGACAAGGAUUACUUACUCUCAUGGAGGUGACUCAAAAAUGGCACGAGGAAAGACCACCUAUCGUGGUUCACUGCAUGAAUGGAUUUGGUCGCUCGGCCGUUUACUGCACUCUGAUGUCGGUGAUGGAACAGUUGCAAGAGGAGAAUGUUGUAGACGUGUUUCAAGCCGUUCUUCGCCUCCGAGCAGUUAACGGCAGCAUGAUGUACUCUGUGGACCACUAUGCGAUGUGCUACGAUGUGUUCCAGGCCAACUUGGACUCGUCCACUGUCUACGAGAAUCUCUAGAGAAAGAUUCUCCUGGUGAUAAAUAUCCUUCAUCAAGAAAUUAUGAAACAAAAAUUGGAAAUUUGCCAAUUUCUGCCAAGUAACGCUAAGCUGUAAAUUAAGAUAGCUGUUAGGAACUUCAAUGUUGCUUUCAUUACUUAGCCCUAUUUCAAGUCUACUCCCAAGUAUCUUGCAUAUAAUUAAAUUACAGAAAAGGUAAGAAAAAAGGUUGGUUUCCUAAUACAUUGAAAAAAAGGUGGAUUGAAUUGUUUGUUUUUUUUCUUUGCUCUAAAUUUUCACAGCCAGAUAAAAUAGGGUAAAUGGUGGUCGAUCAAUUCGUUGUUUGUUUGUUUAGGUUUUUAGCGUGCGUUCUUAGCAUUUUGUUUUGGAAUGCAUUCUUAACAGUUAACAUGUAAAUCAACUGUUUAUUCUGUGUUUGCUGAGCUGUUUAUAGGCCUUGCUGCCUGGCCCGCGAUCAACUUAAUUAAUUAAUUUGAUCAGUUGAUGAGUGCGUGCGCAACAUGAUUUUUUUUGGGGGGGGGGGGAAUUAUGAUUACACAGUUGCUCAUGAGUCAUGGAUGACAGUCGAACACAUAGCUAUCAAAAAACUGACUCUUACAAUAACCAGUAGGCAAAAUCGCCACAGUGUCUCCACGAAGACAGCUUUUUCAGUAUUUUAACUGCAUAGGCUUCAAAUACUGAAAAUCGGCCGACAAGCGUUGGAAAUUGAUACAAAAAUACCACUUUUCUUGAAAAU